AUGGCCCAUAAGCAGAUCUACUACUCGGACAAGUACUUCGACGAGCACUAUGAGUACCGGAUCAUGGGAGCUCAUUUAUCACUGGAAUUAAAAAGGGAUAGCCACAUGAAACAGCUCCUCCUCAUCCAGGAGAGGUGGAAAAGGGCAAAGUGUGAAGAACAAUCAAAAGCUCAGAAAACAGACAAGGAUGUACCUACCCAUAUUCAGGCAUCUCACAAACCCUCUGAUGAGGAUGCAGAGGGUCAUAGUCCCCUUUUUUCUCAGAACUACAGCCCUUGUACAGAGAAACACCUAUCUGAAAUUCAUGGAGUCUUUGACAGGAAUCCAGAAACACUGCUAUUUUUACUUCAGCAAAAGAGUGAGCCAACACAGCCAUGUAUUGGAAGCAAAGCCCCGAAGGAUGAUAAAACAAUUAUUGAGAAGCAGGCAACCAAAAUUGCAGAUUUGAAAAGGCAUGUGGAGUUCCUUGUGGCUGAGAAUGAAAGAUUAAGGAAAGAAAAUAAAGCACUAAAGGCUGAAAAAGCCAGACUUCUAAUAGGUCCAGUAGAUAAGGAGCUGGAUGUUGAUGCUGAUUUUUUUUUUUUAAAGAGAGAGUGGGAGAGAGAGAGA